GUCUCAGUCACUUCUCAUCUCUCCUUUUUAGGCCAAACACCACCCCCACCAGUCCCUGCGCUCCCCCCCUAAAAAUAGAAGCAGCAGCAUGCAAUUCCCCACACCCUCAAACAGAUCCUGAAGCUGGUGCUCUCCCUGCAGAUCCCCAAUCACCAGACGAUGGGCUUAUGAGAGUGAGCCAGCACCCCAGCACAGCAACUGUGUUACCGGCAUCACUACCACUGCGAGAGAGCUCAAGAAGCCAGCAGGCUCCAACUCCCACAGUACUUGUGAGAACCAAAGCUCAGCUGCUCAUCCAUGGACAUGUCGCCGAACCCCGACAGCCCCUCGUCAGGAGGGGGCAACGGCAUCGGGCCGAGCAGCGGAGGCGCAUCGCCGUCGGUUGGUUCCAUGACGCCGCAGUCGCCGAGCCGGUACGAGGCGCAGAAGCGGCGCGACUGGAACACGUUCGGGCAGUACCUGCGGAACCACCGGCCGCCGCUGAGCCUGGCGCAGUGCAGCGGGGCUCACGUCCUGGAGUUCCUCCGCUACCUGGACCAGUUCGGCAAGACCAAGGUGCACGGCCCGGCGUGCCCCUUCUUCGGCCAUCCGAACCCGCCGGCGCCGUGCCCCUGCCCGCUCCGCCAGGCCUGGGGCAGCCUGGACGCCCUGGUGGGCCGCCUCCGCGCCGCCUUCGAGGAGAACGGGGGCCGCCCGGAGUCCAACCCCUUCGCGGCGCGCGCCGUGCGCCUCUACCUCCGCGAGGUCCGCGAGCACCAGGCCCGCGCCCGCGGCGUCAGCUACGAGAAGAAGAAGCGCAAGAAGCCGCAGCAGCUGCAGGGCGACAGCAGCGGCGGCCUUCACGGCCACGCGCACCAGCCGCCGCCGCCGCCCCCGCCGCCCGCCGGCGCCGCCUGCUGAGCCUGAGAUGUUCCAUCGUCGCCUCGACGGCUCGUAGCCUCGUACGUACGUACGUACGCUCUCCCAUUUGGCCGGUAUGAUGCCAGAUUGAGCUUGAGCAUACAUAUUUUAUGUAUCAUCUCGCGCGCGUAUGCGUGCAUGCAUGUGCAUGGCAGCAGUAGUGUAUGAUGAUCCGUGUACUCUACCCGUGAGAAGCACUACUAUCUAGUACGUGUGUGUACUGCAUUGCUGGUCCUGUGUUUUCGAUUCGCUUUGGUGUUGUCGGAUCUAUUUGCAUUGCUUGUAGGAGUGAGCAAGUGUGUUUGCUGUACUUUGGACUGAGGAGUAGUAUGUCCGUCGUCCGUACGUCCUUUGAGGUCUAGCUAGGGACAGGGAGAUACAUAUAUGGUGAUCUCUCUUUGCUGCAGCUUCUGUUUGUGGGAAAUUCAAAAGCCUGUGUCGUGUGUGUGUCC